CAUGAUAAACACCAAGAGGAAGAUGAAGAAAUAGCUUCAUCAGAGAUUCCAAUUGUUAAAAAACUUGUGAAUGUGGGUGGAAUUGCACAAUAUAAGAUUGUCUUCUUGCCAGAAGAAAAUGAUAGUAGUCCAGUUUUUAAAGAGGAGGAAUGGUUAAAACUUAAAACAGAAUUUCAAAAAGAAUGGUCAUUACAAUGGAUGCAAUCUAUUUACAAUGCAUUGUAG